UGAGAGGGCUUCGGACGGAGCGAGCUGCCCGACACACUGCUGCAUUUCACUAUGCUGACCCACAGUCACCACCGCACAGACCGCGUCUGGGGGAGUUCUGAGCAGCCAUGAUGUCAGUAAGCAGCGGCUGGACCUUCCAAAUAUUCUGAUAUCUUACUGUAUGCUUUGCACGAGGGACAUCAUCAUCAAGGCAAGUAAAUCACGCCAUGACACGCCUGGAUCCUGCCCCUUGCAAACCGUAUCGUCAGAGCUGGAUGGAAGAGAGCGGCAGCAGAGACAGUUUUGGUCGACACACAGGGUCUUUAGCAAACAGAGGACAAGAAGCUGGACUUCCUCUACGGAGGGCAGGAAGCUGUCAGUCUCUCCGGGAGAACAGCCCGUCACCCCCGUUCCGGCACUACGAAGUGGGCCGCCCCCUCCCUAGCACCAGGCUCCCAGAACCCAAGGCCUCCAUCCCCUUCAGAAACUCGGAACUUGGCAUGCCCUCAAAAAGGCGGGGCUCGGGUGUUGACCCAUUUGGGAGGAGUCCCUCUCCACCCAAAUACUCGCUGCACUCAAACUUCAGAGUAGGCCCCCAGGGGAGACAAGGCCCCCGUUCACCAAGCCCUUGCACGCUAAUCCCCACCCCUUUCAAACAGGCAGAGUUGGGCGCCUCCCAACAGUGGUCUUUUGAUGGCUUCUACCCAAAAGUACAAGUUCCCUCUCGCUCCUCAUCUGGAAUUUCAAAAUCAUCCCCCAGACACGGCUCCACUUUCUCACUAUCCUCCUCUCCCUCUCGGAGCCCUUCCCCAUUCAAACAGAACGGAAUCCCAUUCUCUAAUUACACUCCUGCAGAAGAGAGAGAGGAACCCAGGAGCCCAUCAAAGAGCUCAAAUGGUCCAAAAUUAGAUUCUGAAUAUUUAUGUAAAGAUGUUGAUACAACCAUUGGGAUGACUGCCUCAUGCUCCUCUGCAUUCAGUGAAACGAGCAGCAAAGCUGAGGUGGACAGCUCCUCUCGUUUCUCUGACCAAGAUGACCAAAGUCAUCCCAGCAGCCACAGGAACUGCAAGGCAUCUGAGAAUUCUCCAUCACAGGCAAACUUCAUAGCACUUACCUCCAGCCAGGAUGCAAGUAUCCUCAGACCAACAUCGUUAUCGGGAUCCUGGAUAGCUUCUGUUCACUCAUACCACGGCACCACAGCAUUCCAAACUUCCUCAAAACCUGGGCAACUUUUGGACACCAAACCCACCAUUCAGCUGUCGAAGUCUCACACUGCUGUCAUGGAAACGGAUGACUGGGGUCAGGGUACAAGCAGCAAUGAGAGAGGCCUAGAGCUGCGGAGCCCCUCCCCAGAGUAUACACGGUCAUCACACCAGAGCCCCUCCCCUCAGAGACAAAGGCAUACUAUCUCUCAAAGCUCCCUGGAGUCCGAAUCCAGUCGCGCUUCCUCAGAGUCGGGUGUUGCAUGCAUGAAAAUGGAAGAUUAUGUUGUAAUGGCUGACAUCCCCAAAACCAAGAUCAUAUACCCGAGGGAAGCACUUUGGGAAAAGGGGAGGAGUCAAAGCCACAGUCCCAUCAGGCCAUAUAAGCAAAUUUGCCCAACGGAUGGCCAUCAGGAGUGGGGCAACUCGGUGGAACGAGGUAGAGGAAUGGAAAGAGGUAGGACUCGGCAGAAGAGGAAAGGCGGAGACAGUGAAAGAGUGCCUUGUGUCAGAUCCACUGCUUCACUCAGUGCUCAGGGUGACCACCGGGAGGAGACACUGACAGAGAGUGACACUGCCCGUCUGCAGAUGGUUCCAGUGGAAAACCGACCAAUGGAAAAGGCACGUUCGUCUGGGUUUGCCUACAAGUUCCACAAUAGUUACUGCAGAACCUGUGCACUUUAAGCAUGUGUCUGGGUGUCUGUUAAUUCUUUCUUCGCUGUUAUGUUUCCGUUACCUUCGUAUACAAUCUGUCUGGCCAUGAAUCUGCCUGUUAACUCUGAAAGGACUGAAUCUGGGUGUUUUUUAUUUAUUUAUUUUUUAUUCUUUUACGGUAAACGUUUAUCGUGGGUUGGGCUACAUGAUAGCCGUGUUCCUUAUUCGUAUGAUCCUUUUCUGUAAGCAUUCCUGCCGGUGCUGUCAGGGCUUGUACUCAGGAUUCCUGACACCAACUCACGUCUAAGAACAUGACAACUCGGGAAAUAAAAUUAAAAGCAGUGAGUGACUGCUUUACU